AAUUCUAAUGAGCACCUAGUACAAUGUAUAUAAAGCGUCAAAGCCAAGCAAAGUCAAGUAUCAAUUCAAUUCCCAGCCACAUUAUGGAAACUUCACUCUGCCUGCUGCUGCUGUUUGUUUUUCUAACAGUUGCAAAACCCAUGGGCAAUGUAAUAGAUCUGGACGCGUAUUUUGAGAGUGCGGACAGCAGUUCGCAGGAGCGAGUAGUUGGAGGCUAUGAUGUGCCCAACGAUGAAUAUGUUCCAUACCAAAUAUCCAUGCAGUUUCUGACACGCAGCGGCAAGCAACGUCAUUUCUGUGGCGGAUCUCUUAUUGCACCCAAUCGAGUACUUACAGCGGCACAUUGCGUCAAUGGACAGAAUGCCAGCAGGAUCACUGUGGUGGCAGGUGUGAGGGAUUUGAACGAUGAGAGCGGUUUCCGUUCCCAAGUGCAGUCCUAUGAGAUGAACGAGCACUAUGAGGAGUUGGUCACUAGCGACAUUGCUAUACUGAAAAUUGAUCCACCCUUUGAGCUGGAUGGCAAGAGAGUCAGUACCAUCGAUGUGAGCAGCAACGAGCUUGUGGGCGCAGAUCAGGAUGUAAUGCUCACUGGCUGGGGCUCAGUUUUCCAUUUUGGCACUGGUCCUUUUGCCAAGUAUCCCACAGUGCUGCAGAAGCUCUCCUACAAAACGUUGGCCAAUGAUAGGUGCAAGCAGACAAUGACACAGCUGACAGACACCGAGAUUUGUGCCCUGGAGAGAUUCGGAAAGGGCGCAUGCAAUGGUGAUUCUGGCGGCCCAUUGGUUAUGGCGAACGGAGAGUCGCUUAAACAAGUGGGUGUUGUCUCAUAUGGAACCGCUUUCUGUGCUUCUAAUAGUCCAGAUGUCUACACUCGCGUCUCUAUGUUCGACACUUGGAUAAAAGAACGUAUGACAUAGUGGCAUGCUUUAAACCAAAAUGAAUUGAUUUUAUGCAAGCAGUGUAAAAUUAUGCUAAGCAGUGCUGAGCAAAUGUUGACUGCUUGCUUCAGUAUUUUCACCUCACUUUGCAUUGCAUAUUUUAGGGCUUCUUGAAAAAAUGAAAUGAAACAUUACA